CUCUCUUUCUCUCUCUCUCUCAGCUAAUAAACUAACAAACCCUCUUCACUCCAUGCCUCUCUCAGAAUUGCUCAUCUCAAACGCCAUGAGUGAUCUCAAGAACAUGAGCUCCUCCUUCAUUCACAGUGAGCUACCUCAUCAGUGAUGUGAUCAAUUGAUCCUAGAGAGCUUAGCAUUUAACGUUUAGCCUCUUCAAUUCUUGCGCUUCGUUUCUUCUCCAUGAUCUUCCGCGCUUGCGUCUUUCCAGAGACCUCAAUCUCAGCCCGCGAAAGGGGACGAGAAGACGCCGGAGCAGUUCGAGAUGUUUUAACUUUAGGAUGAUCAAUAUCCUCAGAAAUAAGUUCUCUCUGAAACCCAGAAAAAGAGCUCCGUUUUUUGUUCUUCUUUUUUGCCCUCACAAGGUUCAAAGUAGCAAAUGCAAGAAGAUCAGAUCACCUGUGAAGAACAUAGCUUUCACUUUUGUGGCUCUUCAAUUUUCUCUUUUCUGGCGAUCUUGAGCUGUUCUUGAGCUUUCUUGCUUAAUUCCUUUGAUCUUCUAGCCUAUCCUCUUCUACUACAUAGAAACCCUAGCCGGAAAGUUAGAAUACCCCCAAAGAAAAAAGGAAGAGCUAGCUUCAACUUCAAAAAGCACAUGGAGUCCUAGAGAGAGAGAGAGAGAGAGAGAGAGAGAGAGAGAGAGAGAGAGAGAGAGAGAGAGAUUAGGGCAAUGUCUGGUUCAAGAGAUCCAGAAGCACCCACCACCAGCUCAGGCACCCCAUCCUCCUCCGGCCGCCGCCCACGUGGCCGCCCUGCUGGCUCCAAGAACAAGCCCAAGCCCCCUAUCAUCAUCACCAGAGACACCCCCAACGCCCUCCAAUCCCAUGUUCUUGAGGUCUCCGCCAGCUCCGACAUUGUUGACGCCAUCACCACCUACGCCCGUCGCCGUGGCCGGGGCAUCUCCAUCCUCAGUGGCACCGGUGCCGUCACCAAUGUCACGCUCCGCCAGCCCGCCACGCCGUCCGGGAGCAUCGUCACCAUGCAUGGGAGAUUCGACAUCCUUUCGCUGACGGGGACGGUGUUGCCACCUCCCGCGCCGCCGGGUGCUGGGGGAUUGGCAAUAUAUCUUGCAGGAGGACAGGGGCAGGUGGUGGGUGGAAGCGUGGCCGGGCCUUUGAUGGCAUCAGGGCCGGUGGUUCUGAUGGCAGCAUCCUUUGCGAACGCAAUGUUCGAUAGGUUGCCUUUGGAGGAGGGGGGAGAGGAUGCGCCGCCGGCACAAGUGCAGCAAUCGGCAUCGCAGUCGUCGGUCAUCACGGCUCGCGGCGGCGAUCAAAUGGGUGAAGGGGUGAGCGGGACUAGUCUAGGUGGCAGCGGUGGGAACGGUGGCAGUUCUGUCCCGUUCUACAAUUUGGGAGGGGGAAAUUAUCCUUUCUCCGGCAGCGAUGCGUUCGGUUGGGGUAGCGGAGGCGGUGGAGCAGGGAGGCCUCCAUUUUAGUUUUUCUUUAUUAAGGUAAGGUGUGUGGAGGAUGAGAAUUUGAUCUGUUUGUUAAUCAAAACCUCACACACAGUGAUCAAGAAAGAGAGGACUGAACUAGAAAUUCAGGCAGAUGUCCAUACCAUCAGCUUUGAGUUGCAAACUCAAACCCUGUUAGUUUUCUUGAUGUGAAGGAACAAGAUUUUCUUCUGGUUUUUUAUGAGACUGGCUUCUACACAUCCUGUGUGUCCUGUUCUUCACUUCUUUAUUCUUGGAUAACAUAAACUAUAAGCAUGUCCUCUUCCUUCUUCUUUUUCUUCGGUGGUAAUUCAGCUGCAUAUUUUCUA